UCAGUGUUGCUUUUUCAUACAAAUUACUUAGUUCAUACAAAUCUUUAAGGGUGUUUUAAAUAUUUUAAAAUGCCGACGGGCGCUGACAUGUUUUUUCUAUGUUAGGAAAAUAAUAAACUUUGCAAUAAACUUUUUCCAAAAUGAUGUGACAAAAAUAUUUAUCCAUUUAAACUUUCAUAAGCAGCAUAAAUUAGGUGUCGUAUAAACAAAAAAAAAAACUGAAAAAUGAUUAGAAUUCGUGAAAGAUGAAUUUUCAUGAGUAUAAUUAAUUACAACAACUAACAAUAAUAUGAAUUACUUGGGAUGAAAUUUUACACUAGUUCAGUGUUAUACACAUCAAAAUCAGAUACAAAAUUCAUCCUUUUAGAUUUCAGAUAUCAGAAAAGCACUUAUCAUAUAAAGAAGUAAGGAGUUUUUAGCUAUUCGAAAUAAUGGAUACCAUAUCAACAGCAUUUGCAUUUUUUUGCAUAUCGACUAUAUUCUUGAGAUCAUUUUCUCAGACAAUUCAAGAUGGCAGUCAUAUUAAUUUAGACGUAGAACCAGAGUUUAUUGGUACUAUAAGCAAUGUAACAUAUCCCGCAGGAAGAGAAGCUAUUCUAGCUUGUACAGUUAGAAAUCUUGGCAAUAAUAAAGUAGGAUGGCUGCGUGCUUCAGACCAAACUGUACUGGCUCUGCAAGGCAGAGUGGUGACGCAUAACGCAAGAAUAAGUGUAACACACGAAAAUUUUCAUACGUGGAAAAUCAGAAUAAAUAAAUUAAGAGAAAGUGAUAAAGGAUGUUAUAUGUGCCAAAUUAACACUAGUCCUAUGAAAAAACAAAUUGGAUGUAUUGAUGUACAAGUACCUCCCGAUAUACUCAAUGAAGAUUCUUCCUCUGAUUUGGCUGUGUCAGAAGGUGAAGAUGUAAUUCUUACUUGUAAAACCACAGGAAACCCCCCACCACGCGUCAUAUGGAAGAAAGAAGACGGUGAACCAUUAAUAAUUAAAAGGACAGGCAGCAGAGAACUCAUUAAAGUUGAUUCUUUUACGGGUUCAUCGCUGAAGCUUGUGAGACUGGAAAGACGUCAAAUGGGCGCAUAUUUAUGUAUAGCAUCAAAUGAUGUUCCACCAGCUGUAAGCAAACGCAUCUCUCUAAGUGUGCAAUUUGCACCUAUGGUCCGUGCUCCAAGUCAACUAUUGGGAACUCCCUUAGGAUCAGAUGUUCAACUUGAAUGUCAUGUUGAAGCCUCACCCUCACCAGUGUCAUAUUGGCUAAAAGGUGCCCGCAUUACAUCUGCAAAUGCAUUAAGUUUGCCAUCUUUUAAUCCUACAGACACAAGUCAGUCUUCGCCUGAAAUGCUUCUAGAUGGCCCAAAGUAUGGAAUUACAGAAAAACGGGAUGGUUACAAAGGUACAAUGAUCCUGAUAGUGAGAUCAUUUUCUAUAGCCGAUGUCGGAACAUACCAUUGUGUUAGUACGAACUCACUUGGACGUGCCGAAGGGACAUUAAGACUUUACGAAAUAAAACUACAUCCGGAACUACCAUCAUCAGUAGAUGACAAUAUGAAUUACAUAACAGGAAUGUCAAUAGGUCUGGAAGGAACUGCUAGAGGUGGGAACAGUGAAAGAAGUCGAAUUCCAAUUUCAUAUGUGGUUGCAGUCGCCGCAAUACUUUAUGUCCUCCGAAGCAGAUGAAUUAUAAUAUUGAAAUAAAUCUUUUAUUGUGGAAUAUUAACUUUCCCAUAAAAUUGUAGAAAAUCUAUUAAAAAAAGAGUUAUGAAUUUUGUUUGAACAAAAAAAAAAAAUAUUGGAAAAAUCUCAAUUAUUUUCAUAAGUGAUAAAAUGAGAUAAUUUGACAAAUUUCAAAA